CGCGCACACGGCUGUAUUCAGGAGCGCGCUCGCACGGUGACAUCAGACGCGCUGGAGCAUCUGCGUCAUCUGAACUAACCGCUGUUAAUAUUACAACAACAUCUAAAAUACAGCCAACUACAUCAGCUGAUUUGCCCAAAUAAACACCCAGAGACGAGUCAAACAUCGGACGCGCUGUGACGCGUUGCAGGUGAGUGCGCAUCAUUCCGGCCGGUCGUUGCGUUUACAUCGGUGCCAUACGGUUUCGCUGAAAAUCGAUCCUCUGUGUCUGAAACAGGAUCAUCAUCAUCAUGUCACUGUAUCCUUCUCUGGAAGACAUGAAGGUGGAUAAGUUCAUCCAGUCACAGAACACACCCACCGCCAGCCCGUCAAAAGCUUUACCUCUUCCUGAACCUUCCAGGACCCAGAAUGAGCUCAGCAUCACUUGCUAUGAUGAGUCAAAAACUGAAGAGAUUGGUACAUCGGGGAGGCUGUACCCUGAGCUGAAUGAGUUUAUGGGUUUAAAUCUCAGUGCAGACGCUCUACACAGUCUUUCGUCUUCUGUCCUCGACCAGACCAGUGGGGCUCUCAGUGUCCGCACAUCUGCGACGAGCUGGGCGGCAGCACCUUUAACAGGAAGUGACAUGGGCAUAAAGAGGGCGGAGAUUCAACAGGGCGUUCGGGAGGUGGUGAUUUGUAAAGACAUGGAUGGGAAGAUUGGUCUCCGUCUUAAAGCCAUUGACAAUGGUGUGUUUGUGCAGUUGGUGCAGUCGAACACUGCAGCUGCGUUGGGUGGACUGCGCUUUGGCGAUCAGAUUUUGCAGAUCAACGGUGAAUCGUGUGCUGGCUGGAGCAGUGAGACGGCACACAAAGUACUGAAGAACGCCAACCCAGAACGCAUUACUCUGGUGGUGCGAGACAGGCCACUGGAGAGAACAGUUACUCUACACAAAGACAUGAACGGACAGCUGGGGUUCCUCUUUAAAAAAGGAAAAAUCACAGCGAUAGUAAAGGACAGUUCGGCGGCACGAAACGGCCUCCUCACCGAUCAUCAGAUCUGUGAGAUCAACGGCCAGAACAUCAUCGGACUGAAGGACCCCCAAAUCACAGACAUCCUUAAUUCCAGCGGGAGUGUUGUCACGGUAACGGUGAUGCCAGUGGUCAUCUUUGAACACAUGAUGAAAAGGAUGUCCACCAGUAUUGUGAAAUCAUUAAUGGAUCACUCAAUCCCUGAGGUGUGAGGUGCUUCCGAUCGGACCGUACAGCCGAGCGUGAGGUCACAGUCUAGAGGCGUUGUGUUUGGUCUGCAGCACAAGUGCGGUUGUUUGUGUUUGCAGUCGUGUGUGAUAUUUGCGUGUGUGUGAGAGCGAUAUCCGGUAGACAAAUAGAUGAAAGGAAACAUACAGUAACAGAUUUUUGUUUAAGCUUAAAAUGAAAAAUUGAUCAUGUAGCCUACUCUUCCUCAUGUACUUGCAAAUCUGUAUGACCUUCAUGAUAAACAAACAAAAAUUUGUGUGCUGUUUGGCACUAAAAAUGACAAAAAUCAUCAAGAAAGGAAAUCAAACUUUUGCAACCUAUAUUUUCUUAGAUGCAAAACCCUCUAAGUGCGUCUGGCAGCAUCUGGCUCUUAUUUUUAGGUUUAGAAAUUUCACUUUAAUGGCAGUGAAAAGGUUGUUAGUCAGUUAUUGUAAAGUAAUUUCAUAAUUUCAUUGGUAUUUAACAAAUUUUACUGUGUAUUACCGUGGCCUGGAAAGGCAAAAAUAAAUAACAAUGGUAAAUUACUUAUUUACAAGAUUAAAAACAAAUUUACAAGUUUUUUUUAACAAAUUUACAAGUUUUAUAACAAUUUACAAGUUUUUUAACAAAUUUACAAUGAGCGAACAAAAGUACAAGUGUUUAAACAAAUUUACAAUGAGCGAACAAAAUUACAAGUUUUUUAACAAAUUUGCAAUGAGCGAAGUUUUAAAACAAAUUUACGUUACAGCACCAUGUAAACAAACUCGUCAAGCUUCCCGGUUUCAGUCUAUGAAACCCCGGAAGCGAACGAACAAUGCAGUCCUGAUUAAAAAGUUUGAAGCACCCUCUCGUGUUGUCUGUAAUCUAAUGAGAAAGUCAGUGAAUUAUUUUGAUUACUGCCACCCAAAACGUGUGCAACUUGGAAAGCUAGCGUUAGCUAACUAAAACUAUUUCACUUACCUGAAAAUAAGGUCCAAUAUCCCUUUAAGUCACUUCGGAAGCGAUGAAAGGUUAUAUAUUAUCACUCUCUUUCCGUUAAUAGGAUGUACAGCCUAAUACACAACAUCGCAUUCACAACUCUCAUGUGAUUCACGGCGAUACUUCCGGGUUUCUUCCCACCGGAGGCUCGGAUGCGUGACGUCAGCGUAUUGUACCUACCCUUUCCGUAAUAAAUGUAAAUUUGUUUUAAAACGUGUAAUUUGUUCGCUCAUUGUAAAUUUGUUAAAAAAAUUGUAAAUUUGUUCACUCAUUGUAAAUUUGUUCACUCAUUGUAAAUUUGUUAAAAAAAACUUGUAAAUUUGUUCACUCAUUGUAAAUUUGUUAAAAAACUUGUAAAUUUGUUCACUCAUUGUAAAUUUGUUAAAAAACUUGUAAAUUUGUUAAAAAACUUGUAAAUUUGU